UAAAGCCAUCCUAUGAAAGAAGAAGUACUUGUCAGUUCCAAACAUAUUGAAAAGACUAGCCGUUGCCCGAGUUCCUCAUCUGCGUUAAUUACGGCUUUUUAGAUUAAUACCGAUUACGGAAAUAAAGAUUAAAAGCUCACUGCGAAGAAAUCAGUAUAAUAGUAGUAGAUAAUAAUCUUUCCCAGCCUUAUAAUUUCACAAAGUUAAUACGUAAAUUAAACUAAAACUUGCAAAUUCUUUAAGAUUUACCGCGAUUUUAAACGUUAAACAGCUGACUGAAUGUCAAUGCCAAAUAUCUAGAUUCAAGUUUGUUGUUGUAGGUAUUUUGCUAUUUUGUUUAUCUACAGUCCGAAUUCAAAUAAAUAAAUUAUUUGUUGUUUGGAAGUAAUAAGUCAAUCUAUAAAAAUUGUGUUCCAACCGAAGGCUGAAUAUAAAGCUUAUAAUUUUGGAUUUGGGUUUUAUGGAAGUCUUUCAGUUAGAAAGUACACUACUUUGAUUAAAAACUAUGAAGAAAUUACAAGGAAACGAUUCUUUCCAAAGGAUUAAUUAUUUAUAUCAAAUUUUUUUAUCUCUGCAGAUAAGUAAGCACAUGGCUGGGAUCAAUCCAGUACUUUCAGCAUAUUAUGGGAAUCUCAUAGUUAAUGUGGCAAAGAAGAAUGUUUUAAAAAUCCACCCAGAUAUAAAAAGGCAAAUAUGCAAGAAGUGUCGUUCAACACUAGUUGAUGGUACAUCUGCGAAAAUGAAGAUAAAAAAUAAAGAUAAAUCUAAAUGUAUUGAAUGGAUAUGUAACACUUGUGGUACAAAAAAAGUUUUCCCUGCUGAUAAAGACAAAGAUCAUAGAGUAUGGCUGGAAAGGCCAGAAGCAGUUGAAGAAGUUAUAAAUUAAAAAAAAAAGUAUACAAAUAUUAUACAGAUAUGUAGUCAUGCCUGAGUGGGUUUCAUCUACAGAAUAUUCUGAGACAGCUACUCUGAAAAAUUGCCAUCAAAUAAUCUUUUAAAUCCAAUUGUUAACUUCAUUUCAAGUUAGUUGGCAAAUACAAUAACAUAAUGUAUAAUAAUGGUUUGGAUAUUAUUUGUACUACUAUUGUUUUUUGUCAACCUC